AUGACGCCCAUAGUACUGCUGGUGAUCGUCGUCGCCGUUGCCGGCGUUGUGCCGAAUCAGGCCGCAGGAUACACACAACCAGGGUACGAGACCUCAGGAUGUCCUCGGAAUCGUUUGUUGAACAGCUGCAUCGAGAAUGCGACCCAGUACUACAUCCGCUACUUGUACUCGGGCAGUAUAACGGACAGGACAUCGGUGACAUCUUUGGACCCAUUGGCUCUUCCUGACGCCACUCUCAUUCACACCAACGAUGUCCUGUCGACGUUUUCCUCUCGCUCGACGACCGGCUUCCGAAACAUGUACAUCACCGACGUGCGGGCGGACAUCACCCGGUUGGAGUUCUAUCUUCAGUUCCACGUUGCGGCCAUCGACACAAGAGGUUCGUAUCACGCGCGACUUCUACGCCGACCCGAGAUCGCCGAGUGGUCCCACAUGACUUACUCGAUCCGGAACUGCUCUAUCCAGCUACAGCUGAAAGGUGUCAACUACGAGAGCGACGACCGGGUCUAUCUGAAGGUGAACGUGACGGAUUUCAGCCAGCAGUUUGGCGACCACACCGUCGGUUUCCAGUGGUUCACGAUGAGCGGGAACUACAGCCAGUUUAGCGACCAGUUCGAGCAGAUACGUGGCCGCGACAUCCUGCCGGUGGUCGAGCGUGAUUUGAAGCAAAGCCUGCAGGACCGGUUCCAGCUGCUGUUGAACGAGAUCCUGCGGUUGGCUCCGUUCGAGCGGUUCUUCCCGACGGGCUACUAGCACUAACUGGCUGACCGGCUCGUUUUGUACAUACACGAUGAGAUUAGGCGCUGUCGAGCGUGAUAUUUUACUUUUUUUGUUUUGUUUUAUAAUAAACGAAUCGA